AAGUCUCUCUCUACCUUUCAACACCACACCACUGAUACUGCUCUUGAUACUUCUUUUGUUUCUUGCUCUUUCAAACUUUAAGUUCUUGGCUCACAUUCAGCAUUGCAGAAUGGCCUCUCAAGCAGACAAUAAGAAGAAGGAAGAAGAAACCCUUAAGGUGAAUAUCACAGGGAAGACUCAUGUCAAGCCCAAUAAGAAACUAGGAAGAAGAGAAUACCAAUUGGUCACCUUUGAUCUCCCAUAUCUAGCCUUUUACUACAACCAGAAGUUGUUGCUAUACAAAGGGAGUGCUGAUCAUGGCUUUGAAGACAUAGUGGGAAAGCUAAAAGAUGGCCUGGGGGUGGUUUUGGAAGAUUUCCAUCAACUAGCUGGAAAACUUGGAAAAGAUGAAGAUGGGGUUUUUAGGGUCGAAUACGAUGAUGAUAUGGAAGGUGUGGAGAUAGUAGAAGCCACUGCUGAAGGGAUCAGUUUGGAUGAUCUAACUGUUGAGGAAGGCACCACUUCUUUUAAAGAGUUGAUCCCUUACAAUGGGAUCUUGAACUUAGAAGGUCUCCACAGGCCAUUGUUGGCAGUGCAGCUAACCAAGCUCAAAGACGGAGUCGUAAUGGGGUGCGCGUUCAACCAUGCGAUUUUAGAUGGUACUUCCACGUGGCAUUUCAUGAGCUCUUGGGCUGAGAUUUGCAACGGCGCUACUUCAAUCUCCGUUUCACCGUUCCUCCAACGCACAAAAGCUCGUGACACUCGCGUGAAACUCGACGUCACACUGCCCCCGGACCCACUCGAUGCAUCUUCGGAAGCUGAUGCCAGGCCGGUCCCACAGCUAAGAGAAAAAGUCUUCAAAUUCUCCGAAGCUGCUAUUGAUAUGAUCAAGUCAAAAGUCAACGCCAACCCUCCAUUAGACGGUUCAAAACCAUUCUCCACUUUUCAGUCACUGGCAGUCCAUAUCUGGCGUCACGUAACCCAUGCACGUGAACUCAAACCUGAAGACUACACAGUCUUCACCGUCUUCGCCGAUUGCAGGAAAAGAGUUGACCCACCCAUGCCUGAAAGUUACUUCGGCAACCUAAUCCAGGCCAUAUUUACGGCAACAGCAGUAGGGUUAUUGACAAUGAACCCACCGGAGUUUGGUGCGGCUGUGAUACAAAAGGCUAUAGAAGCACACGAUGCGAAAGCUAUCAACGAACGUAACAAAGAAUGGGAAAGCGCACCAAAGAUAUUCCAAUUUAAGGAUGCCGGAGUGAAUUGCGUUGCUGUGGGUAGCUCCCCAAGGUUUCCGGUUUAUGAUGUGGAUUUUGGGUGGGGCAAACCAGAGAGUGUGAGGAGCGGAUGCAAUAAUAGGUUUGACGGAAUGGUGUAUUUGUAUCAAGGGAAGAGUGGAGGUAGAAGCAUUGAUGUUGAGAUCAGUUUGGAAGCUGGAGUUAUGGAGAGGUUGGAGAAAGAUAAGGACUUCCUUUUGGAGGUUUAAAAGAUAAUAAUCAUUUUAUGUAUCAUUCACCUAUCUCUUAUAUAUAUCAAGAAGGUCCUUUUGGUAUUAAAUUAAAUCAAAGGAGUGUUAAUUAGGAGAAAUGCUGAAUAUUUAUGCUUCAUUUAUGGAGUUCUGCCAUGGAUUUGUUUGCUGUAAUUCGUACUGAGUUGGUUUCUGUUUCAUUAAUAUGAAAACAGAAAUCUUAAUAAUAAACAUUGAUUUCAUCA